AUGUGCCGUUUUCUCGUAUACAAAGGCAGAAGCGAGAUUCUUCUGAGUAAGCUGGUCACAGAACCGAGCCAUUCCAUCCUUACACAGUCCUAUGACUCACGACUGCGACUGGACACUCGCCGUCCCGUCAACGGCGAUGGCUUCGGGGUAGGCUUCUACCCGGACCCUAAAAUCAGUCCAGAACCAUGCAUUUUCACCUCAACUUUACCAGCAUGGAACUGCGAAAAUUUAGAACGCCUCGCAAGCAAAACAUGCUCGAAUCUAGUGUUUGCGCAUGUGCGAGCAUCAACAGAAGGCGCGUUGGCAGAUAAUAAUUGUCACCCCUUUCAACACAAUUCUCUUAUGUGGAUGCACAACGGCAACCUCGGAGGCUGGAAUUACAUCAAGCGACCACUUAGUGAAUCGCUAAAUGAUAAGUGGUAUCUCGGCGUCAAGGGCGGUACGGACAGUGAAUGGGCAUUUGCCCUGUUCCUCGAUUUGAUGGAGAAAGAAGGCGCAGACCCCAGCUCUGAUCCGGGCCCCGAUGGCUUUGGGCAGGCGUUUUUGAGACAGGUCAUGUUCAAGACGAUUGCCAAGAUCAAUGAAUUCAUUCGCCAGAUUCCUGAAAAGCAUAAAGUCACCGACUUGGAGACGAGGAGUUUGCUCAAUUUUGCGGUUACGGAUGGACAUACGGUGGUUUGCACGCGGUAUGUCAGCAGCAAAACGGAUGAACCGGCAAGUCUAUACUUUUCGUCUGGUACGAAGUGGAAAGAAGGGAAAAAGGAAGGUCAUUUUAAGAUGGAGCGGCAUGAUAAGGGGGCUGAUAUUGUGCUUGUCGCUAGUGAGCCCAUCACUUUUGAACGACACAACUGGGUAACGGUCCCCACAAACUCAAUCUUGACGAUACACAAACAGACGGUGCUACUUCACCCGAUCGUGGAUGAAUUUUACAAUGAUGACCCGAACCAUGACCGUUCAUCGGUGUACGCUUUAUCGAAAGGGUUUGCGCCUCCAGCUAUCGUUACUCCGAAGAAGAGUACGGCAGCCGCAAAAGCGAGUUUGGCGCUGGCUAAUGGACCUACGAAGCUUGACUCAUUGGCGCAAAAAGUGACGCAGUUGGAGCUUGCAUCCUGA